AGCUAGCCUGGCUCUGCUAACACUUUUAAGCUCACUGAUUAACAUAUUGUGUUUUUCUGGUUUAAAAAGUUCACAAAACUUAAAAUCUCAAAGGGCAAAAGAAAAGUUCUAGCACAGUAAUCAGGAUGUGUAUCUUGGACAGAGCCAUGCUAACUGUUUCCCCCUGCGUAGUCUUUAUGCUAAGCUAAGCUAAGCUAACCACAUCCUGCCUCCAACUUUGAUUGAAAUCUAUUGUCUCAUCUUUCUCUCUAUGGUAACCUGAAUAAUCAAACAGCAUGCAGGUCAAACUCUCAUUCAGAAACACACAACUUUAUAACAUGUGAAAUGUUUAAAAUCAAGAGCAAAACAAUCAAAUGUUUCCACCGACAGAUAAUGAGACAGUGAGCCCGAGGCACAGAUAUGUUGUUUUGUGUCUCUUUGUAGUUUCAUCGCAUCUCUUUGUCGUUGUUUUGUGUCUCUUUGUAGUUUCUUUGCAUCUCUCUGUCGCUGUUUUGUGUCUCUUUGUGGUUUCUCUGCAUCUCUGUCGUUGUUUUGUGUCUCUUUGUAGUUUCAUCGCAUCUCUUUGUCGUUGUUUUGUGUCUCUUUGUAGUUUCUUUGCAUCUCUCUGUCGCUGUUUUGUGUCUCUUUGUGGUUUCUCUGCAUCUCUGUCGUUGUUUUGUGUCUCUUUGUAGUUUCAUCGCAUCUCUUUGUCGUUGUUUUGUGUCUCUUUGUAGUUUCUUUGCAUCUCUUUGUCGUUGUUUUGUGUCUCUUUGUGGUUUCUUCGCAUCUCUGUUGUUGUUGUUUUGUGUCUCUGUAGUUUCUUUGCAUCUCUUUGUCGUUGUUUUGUGUCUCCUUGUAGUUUCUUGGCAUGUCUCAUCUCAUGUCUUUGAGGUAUAUUUGUCUUUUAGUCAUUUUAUGUCUCUUUAUAGGUUUCUUUGCAUGGCUUUGUUGUCAUUUGUCUCUUUUUUGGUCAUUUUGUGUCUCUUUGUAGUUGUUUUGUGUCUCUCUUUUAGUUUUUUCUGCAUCUUUUUGUUGUCGUUUUGUCUCUUUGAGUUCAUUUUGUGUGUCUUUGAGGUCAUUUUGUGUGUCUUUGAGGUCAUUUUGUGUGUCUUUGAGGUCAUUUUGUGUGUCUUUACGUCUCUUUUCUGUUGUUUCGUGUGUUUAUAGUUACUUUGACAUAUAUAUAUAUAUAUUUCCUUUUGAUGUUGGUUAUAAUUGGUGAAUAACUUGUAACAACAUUAAAGCUACAUGACAGAUUCUAUAAGGUGGAAAUCAGAAACAAGAGUCCAUGUUGAAGUUUUUUAAGGACUCCUGGUUCAACUUAAAGAACCCUGAAGGUUAACUAGUGUCACAACAACCUCAGUUUGUCCAGUUGAUGUUCUUUUAUAUUAUAACCCCCCUCCUGCCUGUGUGAAUCCGCAUCUUGAAGCUUGAAGUCGUCUCACAGGGAGGGGGCGGUUUGCAGAGCGGGGCUGGGUCGGGUGUAUUUCAGGAGCUCGUCGGCCCAUUGGUCUGCCCGGGAAUCCAUUUCCAUAAAGAGGAUCUGGGCAUUUUGCUGAGGCAUCGCAACCCACCAUAUAUACCCUAUUUCAUUUUUCACUGUGUGGCUUUGGUAGUGUCUGAUUUUCUUCCACCCAGUGUGUCGUGGUCUUCUUCCUCCUCUCAACAGGUUGUGAACCUCAAAAAACGCCAAGAUGUCUGAGAAAAAGAUGACUUCGAGCCGCAGGCAUCAUCUGAAGAGUCUGAUCCUGUCGAUCGCUCAGAACUGGCUCUCACAGGAGACAAAGGACAACGUAGCAGCCAAGCAGGCCUACAUGGCCGAGCACUGUCCUCCCCCAGAUACCAGCGGAGACCAGAACGCCCUGAUGGAGUACUGCAAGAAGCUCCACGCCCUGAUCGACAAGGUGGACGAGGAGAGGUACGACAUCGAGGCCAAAGUGCAGAAGGCUGACAAAGAGAUUGAAGACCUGAAGAUCAAAGUGGUGGAUCUGAGAGGAGUGAAGAAACCCGCUCUGAAGAAAGUACGUAUGUCCGCUGACUCCAUGCUGAAGGCUCUGCUGGGCUCCAAACACACAGUCAACAUGGACCUGAGGGCCAACCUGAAGCAGGUCAAGAAGGAGUCAAAAGAGGAGCCCGUAGAAGCCGCAGGCGACUGGCGUAAGAACAUUGAGGACAAGGCCGACAGGAAGAAGAUGUUCGAGGCCGCCUAAACGUGUUGCUGCUGCUUUGCUUUCUGUUUAUAUGAACUCCACGUGUCUUAUAUGUGUUGGUUGAACCAGACGUCGGCUGAGUCACGCCAGCGUGUCUGAGGGGAGUAGCUCUGCAGGAAAUUUGAAGGUGUUUAUUUGUUUUUAUUUUCUGGCACUUUGUUUGUCUGGAGGGAGGGGGAGGAGGUUCGCACACCAACACACAUCACCAAGUCUCCACACAUUCAGGGAAACAUCCACACACUCAACCAUGCUGAGUAGAAACAAUAAAGUCAAAGUG